AGAAUCCCAGAGGGAAAAUAGUUCAUAAAACCUGAAAGAGACAGUUAACCAGUCUCUUAAGUAAAAAUGAGAUCCUCCAAGGCAUGGCAUCAAAACCAACAAAUAAUGAAAAACGUCCAAAAAAGUUUGGAUUAUCCCAUAUUAUGCAUUUUGUAAGUAGCUCAAACCCAAAAAGACCAUAGUGCUGACAUUGCUACCUUUAAUGCUCCCUCUUAAGGUAAGCUGAUUGAAAAUAGAAAUUAACAUUUGCAAAACAUAAUAUUUUUCAUGUAUAAAUAUUUUUUACCUUUAUAAUUUCAGGAUCAUGACAGUGAUUAAACAAUAGGUUGUGAAAGUACAAUUUUGUAUUGUAAAUUUUAGCAUUGUACAAUUUGAUAUUGUAAAAUACUAAAAUCUUGUUGAAGUACAUAAAUUUCAAGAUAUUCGUAAAAAUCAAAAGGUAACACAUUUUGACUAAUGAAAAGCUGCACAUAAGACAGAAUACAGGACAGAAAAAUGUUUCAAAGCAAAGCCAAAGUGAGGUUUUAUUUAUGUUUUCUCUCUAAAGGACAGAAAAACAAAUCAAAUGCUGGAACGUGCAAUAUCAAAACUUUCAAAAAGUUUUUUUCCUAUUUUGUCACCAGAUCAUGGAAACAUCCUUACUUGGGUAAACAAUGAAUGAGUAAGCCACCUACUUCCAAUUAUAUGUACAGAUAGGCAAACAUCUGGUAUACAAGCUGAAAUUUUAGCUAAAGCACUCAUGCUGGCUAUGAGUAUAAAGCUGCUACAAUUACAUGCCACACAACAAUGCUGCUAAUGCAGUUAUACUGGCAAAAGACAACCAGGAAAAAAAAAAGUAUUUUGCCUGAAUAAAAAGUGCAAUAUACUGCCAAGUAGGGUAGACAUACACAAAACUGAGGUCUGGUGCACCUGCACUAGGGAAAGUUUGCCCCAACUCAAUUGCCAAGAAAAGUGCUUUUACAAGUAGAAGUCUUGAACAGCCAGAAUCUAGAAACGAAAUAAUGAAAUUACAUCAAUCUGAUUAGAAGCUCCAUUUGAUGUUUAAUCAAAAUAAUUUAUUUUUAAGUAUGCUUCAUUCACCUGGUUUUUGUUGGUAUGGUUGUGUGUUAAAGUUUUGUCAGUAGCAUGAAGAUAAGAAACAGACAAUGCUGUAUUUCCAGUAAUUAAGAAAAUUUGCCCCAAACCCUGCAAGUGUACUUUUAGGUUAAAAGUCUACAGGUGCCCAAGUAGAAUUUUGCACUGGGAACAAAUAUGGCCCUAGUAAUAUAGCUUCCUCCUGGUGCACUGCAGAACUAUUGGCAGAGGGCAAGGGGAAGGGAGACAGAAACAGGAGGAACUGAGUGAUCAGCAACCAACAGCAGCAGCAAAGUACAAGGAUAUCAGCAAUUGCUGGGCACAGGAGAAAACUCAAAGUUUAUGUCCUAGACAUCAGGUAUGAUCUUCCUCCCACCUGGGAAGGAAGCCUCAUGUCCUAAGAAUCUACUGUUCUGCCACUCAAAGAAGAAAGUAUUAAAAAAGCAUUAAAUCCUUCCUUAAAAUUGUUUCUCUGGCUUCCCUCCCUACUUUCUCCAUUCCAGCAAACUUUUUUUAUCCCUGAAAGAUUAAUCAUUAAGAAUUGUUCAAAUGACCAUGUUGUGAAUUUCAUUUUAAUCCAACUGCAGAAAGGAAGGAAUGCCAUUUAUUCGUGUAGUCCUUCACAAUAUGCAACAAAUGAGCCUCAUUCUAAACACCUUUUUUUUUUUUUAACCACACAAGUUCAGACAGUAACAAACUUACAGAAUUAUCAUAUACAGACUGCAGGGAGAAGGACAGCUGAUGACAGUAUUCUUUUUUCUGUUUCUACUGGGGCAGUAACUAACCAGUGUCAUUUUCCACUGAUUUUUCUUGUAAGAACAUCUUAGAAAAGAUGACAUGCAGGCAGUAUCAUGACAGAAAUAUUUCAGCAGGUCUGAUUAUGCUGAUGUCAUUCACUGGUGGCCUGCUGUCUGCAGCCACUGGUCAAACCCUAGAACAGGCUUCCUAGAGAGGGGUCACCCACAGUCAGGCAGUGGGACUAGAUGAUCAUUAAGGUGAUAUGUUAUAACGAGGCUGAUGAACUCUGUCCCGUUAUUUUCUUACACAGUUCUUAAAAACAGGAGAAAAAUCUGUUAGAUGUUGCUCUUUCUUCAGCUCAGAAAAGUUUCUUUUUUCUUCAGAAAAGUAUGGGCAUUGCAAAGCCAUACUUGAAAAUACAAGAUACUGUAACAGACAGAAUUGAACACUGAGGGAAAAAAACAGUUGCUUUUUAGUGGUCAAAAAAUGUACAGGUUUAGAGGGGGAAAAAAAGGAUAUUAAAAUUCCAACGCCGAAAUAAAACUAUUUUACACCUAUGCACGAAAGACAUUUGCAAAACAAGUCAUCUGUGCAGGAACACGAGGCCUGGGAAACUGCCAGGUUUUCCAAGUGUGACCUGCUGUGCAAAUGCUGAUUAUGCAAGUUAAAUCUGUCUGGAGUGAAUUUAUGUUCCCUAUUUUCCAGGGCUCCAAAUAACAUUGCUUUACUAACAGAAACUGUGUCAAACUCCAGAUCUUCAUCUGACAUGUUUUCAAGAUUUUUGAGAAGCUCUGUACAGCACAACUCCUUUCUACUAGCAAAAUGAAAAUGAGUUUUUUCUAAAUAAGAAAACAAGGCAAAAAUACUUAUCCAAAAAUUUUGAGGAGGAUUAAAUCCUGGUCACUUUUUUGAAUCUUUUACAGAAACAUCUAUGGUUUAUUCCACAAAAAAAACCAAAGAAAAAUACGAAUGACAACCAUAUCUCUUCUCAGUAUGAGUAAUAAAGGAUGCAUAUCCAUCAUUAGCUUGAAAUUUAAAAAAAAAUAUCUUCAAAGUCAGCAGCUGCCUAGAAUCAUAAAACAUUUUAUAUUGGAUGGGACCUUAUCUUCACCUUACAAACCAAGUCUAGUUUCAAGAUUAGAUCAGACUACUCAUAGUCUGAUCAUAGUCUUACCUAAAUCAAAACUUCAUGUAUUUCCAGGAAUGGAAAUUCUACCACCUGUCUGGGUGGCUGCUUCAGUUCUCAGUCACCUUACCAAUGAGGUUCAUUUUUUAAGAAAACUCAUUUUUUUUUUCCUGAGGUAAUCUGUAUCCACCAUAUACUUUCACUGUACACUUACAAAAAGAAUUUAUCUUCUUUACAAACACCCAUUAAGUAUUUGAACAUGUCUUUCUUUCCCUUCUCACCUGGAAGCUACACAAACCUCCUUCUUCCUGCCUGCCACCCUCCAGCUAUCCAUGCUGGGUGUACUCAGCUGGACUCACUCCAGUUUCUCACUGCUGUUACUAUCACCAUUUCAUGUAAUUUAAAAAAAUUAUUGUACUAAAGAUGACCCAACAGUAAGGUGACAGAUACUUGAAUACUGAAUUAUUAUUCCAUGAGAAAUUUUUUACAAGCCAAGAAAAACACAACAGCAACACCACCUUGGUUAAAAGUACCUGUCUUUAUACACUGAAAAAACUCCAUCCUGCCUUUUUAAUUCAUUUUAUUUAAGAAAACUGGGUUGCAUAUACACAUAAGUACUGAAAAUCAACAACAAAAACGUUUUAGAAAUACAUGACAAAGUGCUGUUCAAGUAGCUAAGAAGGUGGUUUGUGACAUGGGUAUUUCUGGCAGCAGUGACAAUGCUAAGCCUGUGUUGCCAAGUCUACUAUUGCCUACAAAGUUCUGGUGUUGACUUAUUUUUUGAAAGAUUGUGAAGGCCUCAGCUGUUGACCUUGAAAUAUGAAUCUGCAUGGAGAACUAAGUUAGGGUAAUUUCACCAAAGGGCAGCUGUUGUAAUAUGCCAGUAUACACUACCAGCUGAUUUAGAUCACCAUGCAUCAUCACUGUCCACCAUGCACAUAUGCAGCUCUUUUUCCCUUUCAAGAAGGGAAUCUGAAGUGAGAUGACUAGGACUCUUUAAAUCCUUGUAUUUAUUGCUUGCUUUCUUACAGUUAUUGGCAGGCUUUGGAUGAACUAGCAACUAGUAACUACAGUUCUGACCAUAGAAAGAUACAACUACUCCCCAUGAUGUCCACUUCAGUCAACAGAAGUUAAGGCUGGAUUUUAGGAAGUUCUUUGCAGAAGAAUAUUUGACUGGAACUAGAGGAUCAUGAUGACAACAAGAUUCAUCUGUUUAAUGCUAGUAACUGUUGUGGGAGUUACUACAAGUGAAACACAGGAAUUUGAAGGCAAUGACAAGGAAAAGGCUCAAGAAUUCAUUUAUAUGAACAGAUAUAAGCGUUCCAGUGACACACAGGACAAAUGCACUUACACCUUUAUUGUACCUCAGCAGAGAGUGACGGGUGCCAUUUGUGUUAAUUCUAAGGAGCCUGAAGUUCUGCUUGAAAACAGGGUAAAUAAACAAGAAUUACAGUUACUCAACAAUGAACUUCUUAAACAAAAGAGACAAAUAGAAACUCUCCAGCAACUGGUAGAGGUGGAUGGUGGAAUUGUUAAUGAAGUUAAACUCUUAAGAAAAGAGAGCAGAAAUAUGAAUUCUCGUGUCACACAACUCUACAUGCAGCUAUUACAUGAAAUUAUCCGAAAACGUGAUAACGCCUUAGAACUUUCUCAACUUGAAAAUAAGAUUUUGAACCAAACUGCAGACAUGUUGCAGCUUGCAAACAAAUACAAAGACUUAGAGCACAAGUAUCAGCAUUUGAUGUCAAUUGCCAAUAAUCAGACAAUAAUAAUUGCCCAGCUGGAAGAACACUGUCAAAGAAUGCCAUCCAUAAAACCACUGCCACAAACUCCACAGCCACCAGUUAAAGUGUACCAGCCUCCUACUUACAAUCGCAUUAAUAACCAGAUAUCUACUAAUGAGAUUCAGAGUGACCAGAACUUAAAGGUUCUGCCACCUACCUUACCAACCAUGCCUGCAGUUACUAGUAUUCCAACUUCAACUGAUAAACCAUCUGGGCCCUGGAGAGACUGUCUACAAGCAUUAGAAGAUGGCCAUGACACAAGCUCCAUCUAUCUUGUAAAACCAGAAAACACAAAUCAGCUGAUGCAGGUCUGGUGUGACCAACGGCAUGACCCCGGUGGCUGGACUGUCAUUCAGAGACGGCUGGACGGCUCUGUCAACUUCUUCAGGAACUGGGAGACAUACAAGCAAGGAUUUGGUAAUAUAGAUGGAGAAUAUUGGCUUGGAUUAGAAAACAUUUAUUGGUUAACAAAUCAAGGCAACUACAAACUGCUCAUAACAAUGGAAGACUGGUCAGGUCGAAAAGUAUUUGCUGAGUAUGCCAGCUUCAGACUGGAGCCUGAGAGUGAGUACUACAGGCUGAGACUGGGACGCUACAACGGCAACGCGGGAGAUUCCUUCACUUGGCACAACGGCAAACAGUUCACCACCUUAGACCGGGACCAUGAUGUAUACACAGGUAACUGUGCUCAUUACCAGAAGGGAGGAUGGUGGUACAAUGCAUGUGCUCACUCAAACCUCAAUGGAGUCUGGUACCGUGGAGGACACUACCGCAGCCGCUAUCAGGACGGUGUUUACUGGGCUGAAUUCCGGGGAGGAUCAUAUUCACUAAAGAAAGUUGUUAUGAUGAUAAGACCUAACCCUAACACAUUUCACUGAAAUAACUCUUCUCUUGGUUUGCUUUGUUCUAAAAAUCACAUAAGGCUACCAUGUUAUUACCAGAAAUUAUCUCUUCAGAAAUGAGGAAUGUAAGAUACUGUACAUUUAUUGAUAAGAUAUGAGGGCUUGUAUAUUAUAUUUUCAAGAAUUAUCCCAGGAAAAAGAGCUGAAGAAAAGGAACUGUAAUAACAUUCAGAAGACCUCUUGGUAGUAUUAGAACUUGGCAGUUUAGAUGAAAACUAUAGGUAAGCUUCCUGGUUUUUACUCCCUGUAAAUUAAGUUUGGAUGAUAAAAAAAUUGCCACCACAUUUAAGUAUUUUUGUAUGUAUAAAUAUUCUCAAAUACAGGAAAUAUUACAAACUGUACAGCAAGAGUUUUAUUAUUAUUAUUAUUAUUGUUGUUGUUAUAAGCAAUCAUUUGACACAGGAAUCAUAUCCUUUGAAUUACGUAGGUGGUAUGUGUACAUUAAUGUAAUGAUCAUGUAAUCUUUGUUAACUACCAUGAAUAAAGUUAGCACUAUAUAAUUCUGUUUUGAGAGCAGAAAAAAAAACAUUAUUGUCCUGAUAAACCUGGCCUUUUCCCUUCACUAUGUGCAUUUAGAUUAUCUGCUUCUAUAAAAUUCCACCAUUAAUUCAAAUAUUUUAGAUUAAAAACAAAUUAUUCUUCUUACCAAAAAUGAAGUAGCUACUUGCAUAUGGAAAUUAAUCCAGAUUUAUAACAGGUAUUAUGUGCUCUAUAGCCAAGAUGUUAUACCCCACAAUUUUUACAGUAUUUUGUACCUGACUUCAGCAAUUACCUGCUGUGUAGCCCCUGUAAUCAGAAAUGGCUGGAUAUAAAUUAAAAGGUCUAUCCAACUUUGCAGGCAAAUGAUGGAUACCAAUUUAUAAGCUAUUUAAUAAUCUUAGCCUUUAGUUAAAAAUUAUAUAGAAAACUUAUCAGUAGCAAAAAUAAGUUAUUUUUAACAUAUUUCACAAUUAUAAUGUUACUGUCAAAUUAUUAAAUAGAUGUAUUCAUUUAUAUUUAGAGGUCAAUCACACUUAAGAAAUAUAGACUGGCAUAAUUCUAAUAUUCUUCUGAGAUAGGUUUCUAUAACAAAUUGUUAACACACCCAUUACAAAACAGCAACUACUACAAAAAAUACAAGUCAAAAGAUGCAUAAAAAGGCAGAAUAAAAGCCUCUAGAAGUUCAACAUAUUUUUGGUCAGCCUGUAUGACACUGAGUGUUUGUGUGUGUGUUUGCAUACUUUUCCCUUAUUACCUCAUCACAUCUUUACCACAGUAUGUAUGAUGUAGCAUGUGUUGUAUAUAACUGAAAGUAGGGUUUUUAAUAUAUUAGAUUACCCCUGUAAUAUUGUAAACCCUUAAUAAAGUAACAAAUGUUAUUUUGA